UUCAUCGAUAAUAAAGAAUUUAAUUAAUUAUUUAUUUUUGCUUAUUGUACCUUUUUAUACGAAGGGACUAUAAGCCACAGACUGUGUUGCAUGCGGCACAGGCUGCCUACAGUACGGAACACUUUGAGUGGUUUUCUCUGCAUUUUGUUUUCUGCAAAAUUACAUUUAUUUAAGGAACAUUUUAGGAAAACAAUUAAACCAAGGAAAUUUAUAAAAUAUGGUUAUUAAGCGAAUAUUAUAUUUGAUUUGUUUCCUUGCUGUAUGGCUAAUCAUUUGCGUUUGUGGAGCUUUAGAAAAAAUAAUAUACCAGAAACGAUGCUACGACAACAGUUUACACGUAUUUUACACCCAAACUGCCUUCACCCUGGAUGAGUGCAUUAGCGAGUGUCAAUUACGGACCCGUUGUUUUGGGACCCGCUACAACAACCAUUACAAACACUGUUCGUUAUUGGACCCUGUGGACCUUGAUCGUCUACAGGACCAGUCCCCGGGGUGUUUGUUCACCAAUAUAAGUCAAUGGGAGCACCAGAAUCUUGGUUCCUGUGCCGGGCACAACUGCUCAAUGUCCGAGGUCUGUGUUCCGGUCAACCCCACUGACCACGAGUGUAUGACAUCAUAUUGCGAGGAACCGCCAGUAGUUGCCAACGCCCGGACAAUAGUAGGCAAACAACUGCUUGGAUCUCGAAACCGUUACAUUUGUAACGUGGGAUUUACUCGAAUAGGAGACCCUGUUGUCACGUGCCAGGAUGACGGGCAAUGGACAGAAACAGACGUCUACUGCGUUAAACAAUGCCGUCGUCCAAAAGCGGAUUAUUUCAAUUCCUAUCUCAUCGGCACAGACAUCGUAAAUAAUUUCGCUCCGGGGACUACGCUCUACUUCCGAUGUAGGGAGGGGUUCCAGUCGGCUGGAACUGAAACCUCGAACACUUGCGACACAAACUCCAGAUGGACGAGAGGAGCCAUAAUUCAGUGUUGCAGUGAUGUCAAUCACUAUUAUCAGGGACGGUGUUUUAUGCCAUUUGGAAAUAGUACCGUUAGCUCUAUUCAAGGUAAGAGUUUGAGAGUUUGUAUUCAGAAUACUAGUAAUUUAAUUCCCUUUGUGCAUGUGCAGCAAUUUUGGCUUGAUACUUCACUUGCGUCCAUUAAACGCAAGACAUGUAUACCGGUAUAUAUCCACGCCUAUACAAUUAUGUCAUGGUACAAUUACCACUUUGGCGAUUGGAGAAUGCGAAGCCACUGUCAGAGACUUGGCGGACGGCAGGGCAACGUUUACACCAGUUACGGGAAACAAAUAGAAGCGACGGGCGUGGCUUAUGACCUACUUAUCAACGCCUGGCAGAAGCAACAAUUCAAAUGGUUUUACAACCUCACCAGCAAUUGUCUGGUCCCCAAUUUCGGGUCCGACCUGGGUCGGUUCACAAACAUGGCUUAUGACGACAUUGUUCACUACGUAAAAGACAACUUUGAGACCUUAGAUACGAGGAGAAAUGGGUGUUAUCAGGCAAGACUUUGGGGGCCUGACCAGGAGCCGGACGGCGGAGAUUCCGAGCCAUGCAUUUUUCUGCGAAAAUCUAACGGUUACAAGGGCUAUGGAGAUACCUCUUGUAACUUUCAGAAUUUAAAUGUUGGCUUUGUAUGCCACUUUCAAAUGGAUGGGGUUUGA